CUCCCAGCUCCCUCGGGCCUGACUUCCGGUUUCCUCGCGCGGCCCUGGCGCCGAGCCCGCGGACGGCGGCAGCCCCUUUUUCGACUGAGAGCUGAUCCACACUUCCAAUCACUUUCCGCAGUGCUACCCCUCCUUCCAGCCAGUGCUGGUCCCGACGGCGGGCCUGGGUCUCGCGCGCGUAUUGCUGGGUAACGGGCCUUCUCCCGCAACGGCCCGGCCCCUCCUGCCUCGGCUCGUCCCUCCUUCCAGAACGUCCAGGGCUCCUGCCGAGUCAGAAGAAAUGGGACUCCCUCCGCGACGCACCCGGAGCAGCUCCCUUCGCUGUGGAAGCGGCGGUGUCUUCGAAGAAACCGGAAGCCCGUGGUGACCCCUGGCGACCCGGUUUGUUUUCGGUCCGUUUCCAAACACUAAGGAAUCGAAACUCUGCGGCCCUGGGGGCGGCCCUACGUAGCCUGGCUUCUGGGAACCUAACUCUCAGAGAAGUAAUGCCGAACCUAACAGCAAAAGUAGAUGUUCAGAGCAAGUCAGUUUUUCGUUAAACAAUGAAGUUGUCAUGGAUGCACUGGUAGAAGAUGAUAUCUGUAUUCUGAAUCAUGAAAAAGCCCAUAAGAGAGAUACAGUGACUCCAGUUUCAAUAUAUUCAGGAGAUGAAUCUGUUGCUUCCCAUUUUGCUCUUGUCACUGCAUAUGAAGACAUAAAAAAACGACUUAAGGAUUCAGAGAAAGAGAACUCUUUGUUAAAGAAGAGAAUAAGAUUUUUGGAAGAAAAGCUAAUAGCUCGAUUUGAUGAAGAAACAAGUUCCGUGGGAAGAGAACAAGUAAAUAAGGCCUAUCAUGCAUAUCGAGAGGUUUGCAUUGAUAGAGAUAAUUUGAAGAGCAAACUGGACAAAAUGAAUAAAGACAACUCUGAAUCUUUGAAAGUAUUGAAUGAGCAGCUACAAUCUAAAGAAGUAGAACUCCUCCAGCUGAGGACAGAGGUGGAAACUCAGCAGGUGAUGAGGAAUUUAAAUCCACCUUCAUCAAACUGGGAGGUGGAAAAGUUGAGCUGUGACCUGAAGAUCCAUGGUUUGGAACAAGAGCUGGAACUGAUGAGAAAAGAAUGUAGUGAUCUCAAAAUAGAACUACAGAAAGCCAAACAAACGGAUCCAUAUCAGGAAGACAAUCUGAAGAGCAGAGAUCUCCAAAAACUAAGCAUUUCAAGAGUAUCUGUAGUGCAGCCUGGAGUGCAGUGGCGCAAUCAUGGGAUAGCAUGAAUUUUGAGGACUGUUCCCUCUUCGCAUAAGAAUAGAAGUAGCCAUCAGAGUUCAUAUACUUUUUCAACCCCUUUUCCUCAAAUACGCAUCAUUUUUACUGAAGUAACUUCAGUUCUGUGUUUUAAGCUAUCUAAUAAUUGUUGUUUCUACUAUGUUAAGAUAGCCUCUCUACAUUGUUACCCUCCAUCCAAUAAAAAAUACUGAUCUGACUUCAUUGUUUUAUCAUUUGGCUUCCAAAGUUUACUGACCUAAGUAAAUAAUGUGAAUUGUGUCAGGCCAGUUUCUAUCAAAAACCUGCUUUAGAGAAAUGAUCAAUUAGGAAAAACAAUUUGAGGGAAUGACAUACAGCCACUCUUCUAGAUCAGGGGUUGGCAGACUUUUUCUAUAAAGUGCCAGCAGUAACUGUUUUAUUCGGCUUUGUGAGCUGGCAGUACAGUCUCUGUUGUUAUUUAACUCUGCCAUUUGAACAGUACUUCAAUUAUGCCUUCGAAUUUUAUCUAAGUUUACUGCAAGGAAACUUUUUCUUUUUUUGAAAAAUGUGUCUAGUAUAGUGUCCAUGUAAACUAUUUCUUAAAAUUAUCUUAUCUUUUCUCCUGUCAACCUAGGUUUCCCCUUAUUUUUCUGUAUUGUCCUUUUUAUAAGCCACUUCUAGUCAGUUUAGAAAGGAGUAGAGAAUGAAUAAAUAUCAUCAAAAGAGAUCAAAUACAGGGGCUAUAUAAAUCGUACAUUUGAAGCAUGUGAUAUAGAAUGGAAUUUCUGCUUCCAUUCAUGGGAGAUUAUAUAAUUUGGAUCAUAUCCACUAAGAAUUUCUUGAAAACCUGACUCCCCCAAAAAUACCUGUUUGAAGGCAUCAGAUAACUAACAAAAUAUUGAAAAAUCUCUGUGCCAGGAUUUGGGGAAAGUUGUAGUCCCAAGGAGAUGUUUUCAAGGCUGCAAAGCUGUAAUUGUGGCUCCAGAGUAUAGUCUCGCAAUUCUUUAAAGCUCAGUAUCAAUUCGGAGAACAGUUUUUAGAAGUAAUUGCCUUAAAUUCAGUUUAAAAGUUACUUUAUGUUAAAGCCAUACCAACAGUAUGUAUGUAAAGAAUUGUGUAAUUACAGCAUGUUCCAGUGGCUCUCUUAGUGCUCAUAUACACUUGUGGUUUUUUGCAAAUUGGUUUGCAUUUGUAUCAGGUAGACAAUGUGAACUGCAAAACUGAUUAGGUUUCUGUCUUCUGGUUAGGUACUAGAAAACUUAUAACCAAAUUUGUGGCCUACUGUUGGUCAACUUUUAUCAUGCAUUUUUAUGUUAACCUCAUUCUCCACUGCAUUUUGUUUUGUUUUGUAUUUUUCACCUCAUCAUUUCCGCCUGUUUGCAGUUUAUGUUCUUGUGUUUUGUUCAUCUUUGUAAGUUACUUCAUCCACUUUUAAGAGGAACAAUUCAGAUGACAGAUUAGUUUACUAUAUUGGAGAAACUACAUAGGGAUAUUUCCAUUAAACCAUUAACUAAAGCUUUAGAUAUUUUUAAGGAAUAUUUUUCAGUUAUUUGGAUAACUUGCUUUUUUGGAACUCUCCUUUUUUGUAUUUCUUCCAUUAUAUUGCCAGGCAAAUGAGGUAGUAUACUGUUUCUCUAAGAUAGAGUGAACCUUUUAAUUACUGGAGGCCUUUUAUAUGAUACUCCUUAUAUAAAACAUCAUUUAACAAUAAUAGCCCUAUCAGAAAUUUAACCAAUGUCUUGCGAGUGUCCUGUUUUGAUUUUGGCUUUAGGUUGAUGGCUUCAGUUUUUAAACCAGAUCUAGAUAGGGAGUCACUGUACUUCUUUUACUCAUCAUCUGUAAACUUAUAUUGUGGAACUGUGUUACAGAUGACUUCCUAAAAUGUAAAUUCCAGGUUUAGAAGAAAAAAAGAUUAGGUUAGUGUUUUUCAAGCUCUUCUUCGUUUCCUUAGUGCUGUGAAAUUUUAUUAGUUAUAAUAAGCAUUAUAAAAAUAUGGAAUAAGUCAGAAAGAACAUACCAAUACCAGAGUGCAUUACACACAAUAAGGGUAAGUAUGGUUUCUUAGAACUUGUUUUCUUUGGGUUGCAGUGUGAUUCUUGCUGUGCCUUGCAAUAAAAAAUGAGAGCCACUUGUUUGAAGGGAACCACAGUUGUCAAAAUACACACUUUUAAGUCUGUAACUCUUGGCUAAGAAUAUCCCAUAGUUUAAUUCUACUGUGAUGAUGGAGGAUGUAAUAGUUCAGUAAAUUUUCAAAUGCUAAAGAAAAAUAUGUAUGGCUGAAGUAGAAACUCAAGUAAGUGGAUUUUUCUUAUACAAGGAAUAGUUAUUUCUGUAUUAAAGAGUUCCAUAUAUAGUGUCAAUUAAGAAAGCUGGUCUUUUAGCUGUUAUACUUUGUAAGCAGGAUAUGUACUCCCUCCUUCAGUUGUGGACUAGCAGGUUUCACUUAAAAGUCAGAGAUGUGAAGUUUUAUACUGAGAAGUAUAAAACUUAGAAGAUUGUGUUGGCAGUCAGCGUAUUGUAGGUGCUUGGUAAUUGAUGAUGAUAUCAAAAAUGUUACUCCAAAAGGGCAGUCAUCAGUCAUUAGACUGGGUAAGUGAAAGACAGCUUUGAACAGCAACAUGGCAGACUGCAGUAGACUUCUCAACCCAUUUCCUCGUGUGUAAAAUGAGGUUACUCAGUUUACCAAGUUGGUGUGACAAUGUAGGUGAAGUGCCUAGUAUAUAAUAAGUGCUCAGCCAUCAAUAUUUGUGCUUUAUCUGUUUUUAGAGUUCUCAUUUGAGAAGCUUCAGUGUUACAUUUCAAUAUUUUAAGUAGUUGUAUAAGUUCUUUAUAGACAACUAUAUAUAUUACUAGCAUUUUGCUUGUGUGGCAUUUAAAGCAAAACUAAACUUUAUACUCCCAGUUGGGGAACUGCGGUGAGGAUAGGAAAGUCACAAUCUAUACAUUGUCUUUGAAAUACCUAGAUAAGAGGUUUAAUUGGAAGCCUGCUAAAAAUUAGGGAUGACAACUUGCCUUUUCCAAUAUCAUUUAAAUAAUGGUUUAAACAUUUUUUUCAAGUAGAUAGAAUUUAAAAUAAUUUUUUACACACUUUGAAGAUUAUAGCACUUUAAUAUUAACUGUAAAGUGGGAAACACUAACUGCAGUUAUUUAGUUAUCCACAAGAGGGAGAGCUAUACUUAGUAAUAAUUUUAGAUUUGUCUAUCUGUAGCUUUAAAUUCAGGUUACAUUAAGAGCAAAAAGCAAGACUACAUGUGUAUUAAACUCAGUGACCUAGUUUUUAACUAAACCUAAGUUUUAAGCAGUCUUCAUUAAAUUGAACUGAAAAGUUUGUAUUAGGCACUGUAAACACCAUUACUAGAAUUGUUUCUCUUAUUUCUAUGCCUAGCUGUGUAUUUUAGUACUCAGAACUGUCUUCAGUAUUUGCUCUUCUUUUCUCUAAAACAGGCACUGAUUUACUGUCUCGCGCCAAUAACAAACUAUUUUUAAGCUGUAUUAUUCAUACCAUGACUGAAUGAAUGAAUUAGCACAUUUUCAGUGUUUACACUUACUGCUAUAUAAUGUGAGUAACUCUUCGGAAAGCAUACUGAAUGCCUAGAAUUGUACCAAGAAACCAACAACUCUCUUCACACUUAAGACAGGUUCCUAUGUGAAACAUUCAUUGUAGCAAACAACUCAGAUGUUUUUUGGUGAAGUAGACAUGGUUAAUUUUGUGAACUAAUUAUUUGACACCUAUUAAAAACUUGCAAAGAGCUCUGAUUUCUAAUAUACUACAACUUAACAAAUGAUGUUUACAACAGACUAAAGCAGAUUUUUCUGAAAAGCAGUGUAAAGUUUAUUGACAAAAAGGUAUUUCACCUUACAUAAUUCAAAAUAAUAUUUUAUAUAUUAUAUAUCAAAUAUAAACUAUAUUCUGUAAUUUGAGAUAUUAGAUUUCAAAAAUGUUAUCCUUUUGAAGUUUAAGUGUUUAUGGUAACACAAAAAUUGAAGCAUAAGGUGACAUAUUUGUCUAGUUUGAUUUCUGUACUACUAAAAUUACACUAGUAUCUAAGGGUUAAUAAUUAUUUUUUUAAUGUUAUAAGAUUUAGUCUUACAUUUAAUAUUUUGUGAUAUUCCUGUACAACAAAAUGAGAAUAUAUGCUGAAGAUUUUAAUUUCAUUUAGUUGGCAAUUAAGAAGCAAAAAAAGAAAAUCAUGAAUGUCUGAAUAUGAAUGUUUAAUGGAAAACAAUCUAUAAAAAUUAGAUUUAAAAUCACUAAUUAUAAUUUCUUAGAUAAUUGAGGUAAAAUACUUUUAAUUAUAAAAACAGGAGAGGCAUUUUUGAAGUUUCUAUUUCUGUUUCAUAUAAUCCUCCCUCUCUAGCUUCUUUUUCCUUACCAGGAAAUCAUCUGGCUCUUCAUGUCUUGUGCUGUCAUGUCACAUUGGUUUAGAACCAACAUUAUGAGACAGCCCAGUCAAACAUAAAGAAUGUAAUGCAUGAAACCUAAAUUUUAUUUUAAUGUGGACUUGGAUAUAUAUUCAGCAGUUGAUAUAUCAUUUCAAUUCACAGUGUCAAAACAAUCAAAAGAUAAAUAUAAAUUGAUCCAUAUUUGAAUGAAUGUAACUUUACUCUUAAUCAGAUUUGCAAAUAACGUAUUUCUUACUACUUACUAAUUAAUAGCUGCACAUUAUAGCCUAAAAUAAAAUCUCAGUUCUGAGAAUCUGCAAGAAGCUCUCAUCAGUUAUAUUUAUUUUUAUUAUACAGUUUAAUAUAAUAGUUAAUUGCUACAUAUCAGAUGGACAGUGUUAUUCUUUCAAGAUCUUUUCACUUAUUAAUGCCCUAGUUAAAUACCUUUCAAUUGUUUUAUCAAUUUACAUCAUCUCAAAACUAAUUGGAGCAGAAACUUGAUCUGCAUAUUUCUAAAGUUAUUCCCUUUUGUCUGUAAAAAAGAAUGAAUAUUCACUUUUUGUAAAAU